GCGUUCGCUCACGCGGACGGUCCCUGGGAGUGCUGAGUCGAAUAUCUUAUCUUCCCUGGUGUCCGGACCAAAAGAAACCGGCUGUCGUAUUUCAUCGGAAGUGGAAAUAAAACAUCACACACAUCAAAGCAAGAAGUUUUUAUUUAGGCGACCUUGAAAUCAGGUUUAGGGUGGACGGUGACAGUGACCAAGAACUGCGUAGAUUCUGUAAAAAAUCCAAGAGCCACGAUGGAGCCGAGAGACACUGCCCCUGAUUCUUGGGAAGAAGACGAUGUGGAGGCCACUGUCGACGGACAACUUGAUUCCGCAUUUAAAAACCUAAACGUAAACGCUAAGCCGUUUGUGCCCAAUGUAAACGCAGCUGAGUUUGUUCCAACUUUUGCCAUGAAGGCCAUCUCUGAACAUAUUUCUUCUGCUGUUGCUGAUGAAAAAAUAUCCACCAUGGAGGUAUUGGAAAGCUCUGUUCCUGUGGAGAAUGGAGACGCAGAGAUGACAACUGAGGAACCAUGGGACCAAAAGGAGGAUGAGGAGAGUGAGGAGGAACCCGGAGGCGGGGACCGAGGACCGGGAGAGUCUUCAUCAACGGAGGAGAUGGCUCCAGAGAUGAUGGAGGAGGAGGAAGAAAUACUAGUGCCAAAAGUCCCACCUGUACAACCCGAUGCCCCUAGGAAGGAACACAUCAAUGUUGUGUUCAUCGGACAUGUAGAUGCUGGAAAGUCCACCAUUGGAGGCCAAAUUAUGUAUCUAACAGGUAUGGUGGACAAAAGGACAUUAGAGAAGUAUGAGAAAGAAGCAAAAGAAAAGAACAGAGAAACCUGGUAUCUGUCUUGGGCGUUAGACACCAAUCAAGAGGAAAGAGACAAAGGCAAGACGGUGGAGGUGGGCAGAGCUUACUUUGAGACGGACAAAAAGCACUUUACUAUCUUAGAUGCUCCUGGCCACAAAAGCUUUGUUCCUAACAUGAUCGGUGGUGCAUCACAAGCAGACUUGGCAGUUCUGGUGAUUUCUGCUCGAAAAGGCGAAUUUGAAACUGGAUUUGAAAAGGGUGGACAAACACGGGAGCAUGCCAUGCUGGCUAAAACAGCCGGUGUGAAGCACCUGAUAGUGCUGGUGAACAAAAUGGAUGACCCCACAGUAAACUGGAGCCUGGAGAGGUAUGAGGAGUGUAAAGAGAAGCUAGUGCCCUUUCUGAAGAAGGUCGGCUUCAACCCAAAGAAAGACAUUCACUUCAUGCCCUGUUCUGGGCUGACGGGGGCUAACCUGAAGGAGCCCACGGACAUGUGCCCUUGGUACACAGGCCUGCCAUUCAUUCCUCACCUGGACAGUUUGCCAAACUUCAAUAGACCCAGCGACGGUCCUGUCAGGUUGCCCAUUGUAGACAAGUACAAGGACAUGGGGACUGUUAUCCUUGGGAAGCUUGAGUCCGGCUCCAUCAGUAAAGCCCAGCAGCUCGUCAUGAUGCCCAACAGGCAUGUGGUGGAGGUGCUGAGUCUUCUGUCAGACGACGUGGAGACGGAUGAUGCCGGACCUGGUGAGAACCUCAAGCUCCGGCUAAAGGGCAUCGAGGAAGAGGAGAUCUUGCCUGGGUUCAUCCUGUGCAACGCUGAGAAUCUUUGUCAUUCAGGACGUACGUUUGACGCUCAGAUCGUCAUCAUUGAGCACAAAUCUAUCAUCUGUCCGGGUUACAAUGCAGUCCUUCACAUUCACACCUGUAUUGAAGAAGUGCAAAUUACGGCCUUAAUUUGUCUGGUAGACAAGAAGACAGGAGAAAAGAGUAAGACGCGACCUCGAUUUGUGAAACAGGACCAGGUCUGCAUUGCCCGUCUGCGCACAGCAGGAACUAUUUGCCUUGAGACCUUUAAAGAUUUUCCACAGAUGGGACGAUUUACCUUACGGGAUGAAGGUAAGACCAUCGCCAUCGGGAAGGUUCUGAAGCUGGUUGCCGAGCGGGACUAGAGGAAACGGAUCCGUUUGAGUCUCUGUGAGAAGGAACGGGCAGUCCACGGUCAUCAGCGCUGAUCUCUUCUCCCCGCCACGCCCUUCCUCUGCGUGUCGAAGAUGAUCUUUGGAAUAAUCAACUCACGAUACAAGAAACCUGUUUUUAAACAAAAGACGAAUAUGGGUCCACAGGAGUCCGCUUUCUCAUAUUGAGAGCUCUGUUAUGCCAUUCUGGGUCAGCCCACCACCCUAAGGCCCACUCCGUCUGAUCAUAGCCUGUUUUGUUCUCUUUCACAUUUUUACUUUUUCUUGCCGUCGUUAACGACGCAGAAAGGCCAGAUGUUUUAUCUGUACACACACACGGACCAGGACUUGGCUUGGAGUAAAACCACACUUUCACGUGUGACUUGCUGAUUGAUCUGAAAGAACCCAACCAUUAAUCUUGAUUAUACAUGUUUCCCUUUGCUUUUACCCACUUCUUGGUUUCUCAUGUGGCGUUCUGGCAGCGCGCUUGAACCCGCGCAAAUGUUAUCAAAGCAAACAACUAUUACAAUAAAAAUAUAAAUUGGACAAA